AUAUGUUAGCAGAGACUUUUAUUUUGUUUCCCGGCGGCCAUGUUUGAGUAAUCCGUGAGUUAGCAUGUUCGUGGUUUGCUAGCCUGAACUUAUAUUGUAUUUCGGUCGUUAUUCUCCGGUUUAAUCGGUAAACCGGGCUCUGUCGGUGGGGUUACAGACCCGUGUUCGUCAGCCCGCCGCGACCGUGAGCGCUGUUACUGAGCUAAACCGAGUUUUACCGUCAGCUCCAGACCCAGCGGCUCUUCCCGGAUCUUCCUAACGGACUCUGCGCUCUCUGUGCCGGCAUGGCGCUCCGCAGGGCCGCCGGGGUGGUGUUCGGUCUGGCCGGCGGUUCGGCAGUGCUGGUCUGGGCUGAAAGGAGAGGGUCUUUGAGGGAGGACAGUGGGGAAAGCUGGUGGAGUAAAGCCCCCAUCACAGCCGCUCUGAGCGCACUGCACGCCGCGCAGCCGCCCGCGGGCCUCUCGGGAUACAGUUACGGCUCCGGCUGGGACAGCAACUGGGACAAGAGGGACCCGUCCUUCAUGCUGAACCCCAGGAAGAAAGAAAGCAGCGGAGAGGAGAACAGCUCCGAAACGGAGACCAACAACAAACCCAGAGCCACUCGCCACAUCUUCCUCAUCAGACACUCGCAGUACAACCUGAACGGAAACGGAGACAGAGAGAAAAUCCUGACGCCUUUAGGCCGUGAGCAGGCAGAGAUGGUGGGUCAGCGGCUGGCGUCUCUGGGGCUGAAAUAUGAUGUGAUGAUCCACUCGUCUAUGGCCAGAGCCAUCGAGACUGCGACGAUCAUCAGCAAGCACCUGCCAGGAGUGGAGAUGGUCAGCUGUGAUUUGCUGAGAGAAGGUGCCCCCAUAGAGCCCAUCCCACCUGUCAGCCACUGGAAACCAGAGGCUGUGCAGUACCAUGAGGACGGCGCGCGCAUCGAGGCUGCGUUCCGGCGCUACAUCCACCGAGCCGACCCCAAACAGAAGGAGGACAGCUACGAGAUCAUCGUCUGUCACGCUAACGUCAUCCGCUAUUUUGUCUGCAGAGCUCUGCAGUUCCCCCCAGAGGGCUGGCUGCGGCUGGGCUUGAAUAACGGCAGCAUCACGUGGCUGACGAUCCGUCCGAGCGGCCGAGUGGCUCUGAGAGCGCUGGGAGACUCCGGCUUCAUGCCUCCGGACAAACUCACUCGCAGCUGACACUCCACACCGUCCGGUUUACAGCGAUAGUUCGGAAAAAUCAGCUUUACACAGCUUCACUCUCACUGAACCCAAAUCAAGCCAAUCAGACGUGUUUAGUUUAGAGGCUAAUGUAGCUAACAGUUAACGUAAACCCACCAGUCAGCAUCUGCGUUAUAGAUAAGUUUAUCAUAAGCAGGACGUUUUGAGAUUUACUGAAUAACUGGGCUUCGUUUGAUUCGGCCGAAGGUGUUUUUAUACCAGGCUUCCAUCCUUUAAACUGAAACGGUUUUAAAGCAUUAAAAUAACUAGUAAACAUAAACAAAUGUGGUCAAAUAACACACAGGUUGUUUUGGCAAAUGCACGUUUCUCCACAGUGACAGCACCUUUUACCAACUUGCGGCUUUAUCAACAAGCUGAUUGGCUCUUUUUAUAGGAGGGCGGGGCUUUUCCCAUAUACAGACUCCCACUUAACAAAAUUUCCCAUUCAUUUUCCAGCCAGUGAACCGUCUCCUCCUCCUUUAUAAUGUCUCUGGUUCGAGUGAGAUUUAGGCCUGCAGUUAGCACCAUGCUAAUUGGGGGUAAAUUACUCAUUAUUUGUUAGCAACAUUAGCUUCAUAGCUCUCCAGACAAACUUCACCAAACAUUUCCUGAUUGGCUACAUUUUGUGUGAGCGGGAAAAUGUGUAAAUAUGGUAAUUUGAUGAACUGUUGCUUUAACGACACGGGGGAGCGGCAGGCAGCUCGGAAAUUUCCAGAACGUUUGAGUAAUUUCAGAAUUAAAACGUGUGACGUUUGGAAUGUAAGUCCCUGCAUGACCGUCAGAUUUCUAAAUCAGCUGGAAUAUCUCAGCAGCCUGCCGCUCCCUCAGCUCCUCCUUAAGUGUCUUGAGAGUAAAUUUGCUGUACGUUAUUAUUUUUAUAGGUGUUGUAUUUAAGCUCCUUCGGUGACGUUAGUACUUCAGGGCCAGCUUCGAGCGCGAGGUGAUCCUGAGCUUCGCCAACGCCGGCCCUGCGCCAUGCUUCGUCAUCUGAACCUAUCACGGGUAGAACCAGCACACGUCGUCUUUAUUUAUACAGCUUUAAAGCCCCAAUCAGGACCCACCGAAACGGAGCUUCAGCCACUCCAGAGUUUCCUCACAGCAGGCAUGGAUUAAAGGGAUAGUUCGGUAAAAUCAAAUGUAAACAGCUUUAAAGGUGCAGUGUGGAAGAUUUAGAGGUGAUUAUUAGCAGAAAUGGAAUAUAGUAAACAAAUCCAUGUUUUCAGUGGCGAAUAAUCACCUGUAACGUUAAAUUGUUGUGUUUUCGUUAGCAUAGCGUGAGCCCUUCAUAUCUACACAGGGAGCGAGUCAUCUUCCAACAGAGGCUGCCAUGUUGCACUGUGUCUGAAAUGUAAUAAAUGCUUCCCUGGAAAAAAGCUGCUAACGCUCACAGCUACCACGCAUGCGCAGCAAAGGCAUGUCAGCUUGAGUUGUUUAAGGCUGUGUCCGAAACUGAAGGCAGCUGUUUUGAGGCCUUGUUGUCUCAUAAGUCAUAAGUGUCUUAGAAGGCAGCAUUGUGAACGUACCUGCAACCAAGAAGGCAGCGAUACAUCAGCUGUUGCCAAGUUACGACACCUCACUGCUAGCUGUUAGCAUUACCAUCUUUUUUUCCCCCAACUUUAAGAAGGCUAGGAUACAUCUGUGCCUUCAAAAAAGCAACCAAACUGAGGAAACUCAGGCAGCGUUUUACAUAAACAUUCAAAUCAGACAUGACUAGCUGCCUCACUGCCUCAGAAUAUUGUACGAGUCGGCAGCAUUUAUUACAUUUCAGAAACAGCCGAUAUCAGGCAGCAGCUGUAAAACAGUAGCGGAAAUGACUUACACUUUGGUGCAUCCGUUGUCCAAAUUUCCAGUUUAAAAUCGCGUAGUGACAGCCCAGCACGGACAAACCAAACACUCUAGAGCGUGGUUGGCUCUAGAGGGCGUCUUUUGCAUUUUUACGUUAAGGUGGUGGCUUGAAUUUGGUGGCGCUGUAGCUCUGUUUGGAAAACAUAGAAAGAAGAAGCAUCAGUGGUUGCUGCUGGUGCUAACAGCCAUUUUGUGCUGUGAGAAGUUUGAGAACCCAAAUUUUGACAAAUGGGGGAUCAAACUAAUUAUAAAGCAGGCAAAGUCAAAGAAUCAAAAACCUGACAGCCACCACUGGUCCUGCUGCACGCUUGGAAAGGGAGGGGUGAGGGAGGGGGAUUCAGUUGGUUGCAAUCUGCAACAUCACCACUAGAUGGCACUAAAUCUUACACACUGCACCUUCAACCCAAGUGUUUAGUUGUAGCGCUAGAGCUGUGAAGCUAAUGUAGCUAACAAGUAAUGGAAGCUGUAAUUAUGUAUAAAAGUGGACGAAAGCAUGCAGCGUAUGUAAAUACAGUAUCUCGUAGUGUCAUACAGUGUUAAUCCACGUAAGCAAGUAUUUGCAUGAUGCCACUUGAUGUUCACAUCACUUCUUAGCUAGAAUAGCCUUGUAGCUCUAGCGCUAAAGCUAAAGAGGAAAAGAAAUUCACACACUUCUCAAUUUCUGCAGGAGUCAAGUGUAAAGUGAUUCAGAGUGGUUUGGUGUGAAAUGGUUCAGAUGUCUUUACAGUGGUGGUGAUAGGAACCAGGGGUCGCCAUGACUACAACACAGAUAUAGACAUUUUAUUUACUGUCAAA